UUUGAAACUUUCACUGCACAUCUGUGCAUCACUGCAUGGACUAGGCACCAAGCCAACGGCUGAAUUCCUACGAGUCCGUGCAGCUCCCACACGUUUACAGCACUAGGACCCAGAGGGAGCUUCAUUUCUGUGAGUCAGUGCAGCUAGCUGAGCCCUGAGAGCAGUGAAUGAGGCUGGAAAGGCAGAGGGAAUGUGAAUGGCUCUUUUGGCUUGGGAAAGUGUCCACGGACUGGGGUGCUACAGACUACAAAACAGCUUGGACAACUCUCCAGAUUCCCUGUUCCCCCGGUGUCGAGUGAUACAGCUCUAAGUUUUAUUCCACUGGGGCCACUGACUUCAGGCCAAUCAGGUUCACAUGAUCCUUCUAAGUGGAACGCAGAGUAAGCAACUCCCAGACUCAGCUACGCUGCCAAACUGGCCUGAUGGCAUGUUGCAGCCAAGCCCAGCUCAGCAUCUGGAUGAAAUAAAGACCUUUCUGGGGAGCAGUUUUUUGGGCAGUAUACUCAGAGGCAGCCUGAACUUGGACAAAUCCCAUCUGCCCUUGUGACAUGUGGUGUCUGAGCUCUUCUGGGAAGGAGCCUGGGCUUUAUCUGCCCAAAAUCAGCAAUGUGGUGCGUCCUGAAAGGGCAGAUGGGAUAGAUGGAGGCUGCUGGAGGCUGCUGAGCCAGCCAGAGUGCUGGGGCAUGUCCACAUGGCAGGUGCAUAGCGUAAUGUCCAUGCUGUACUACACUCUGAUUAUAGCUUUUUUCAUCGGCACACAGGCAGCUCCAAAGUCAGAAGACAAUGCUCCACUGGAGUAUCCUGCAGAACACUCCCUACCCAAAUCCCACCAGAGUAACGGACACCACAUUUCCAAGGCAGCUCCACAGACAACCCACAGCCACUCUACUUGGACGAUAGGUAGAAGAGAAGAUAUAAACAUUACCAUGGACCCAAGUUUAUUUAAGAAGAAGCGUUUCCGGUCUCCUCGGGUUCUGUUCAGUACACGGCCCCCUCCAGUAUCAGGGCAAGGACAGAAUAUGGGACAGCUCAGCAGUGCAGUCUCUCUCAACAGGACUGCCAGGACCAAGAGGACAGCGCAUCCUGUAUUGCACCGGGGAGAGUUCUCAGUGUGUGACAGUGUCAGCAUGUGGGUUGGGGACAAAACCACAGCCACUGACAUCAAAGGCAAAGAGGUGACAGUGUUGGGAGAGGUCAACAUUAACAACAACAUUUUUAAACAGUACUUUUUUGAGACCAAGUGCAGGGACCCUAAGCCAGUCUCCAGUGGGUGCCGAGGGAUUGAUGCAAAGCACUGGAACUCUUACUGCACCACAACACACACCUUUGUCAAAGCACUGACAAUGGAGGGCAAGCAAGCAGCCUGGCGGUUUAUUCGAAUUGACACAGCCUGCGUGUGUGUGCUCAGCAGGAAGUCGGGGAGACCCUGAGAUGGAGCUAAACCCCAUGACAACAUCCUCCUACCCCCCUACCUCAGCUUGUAAAUUAUUUUAAGUUAUAAAUGACUGCAUGGUGUAUUUAUAGUUUAUACAGUACAGAAAGAACUUCAUUAUUUAUUAAACUCUCUUGGAAACCUUU